AUGGAGCUCCUCCCCUUUGAUGUUGAAGGCCAACAUCAUCAACUAAAAGCUAUUUUUCUUCCAUUUGUAUCAACCAGUCACCUCAUUCCUGUAGUAGACAUAGCAAGGCUCUUUGCCAUGCAUGGCGUUGAUGUCACCAUUAUCAUAACACCAUCCAAUGCCACCAUUUUUCAAAGCUCCAUUGACCGUGAUCACAGUCAUGGUCAUUCAAUUAGAACCCAUGUUGUUAAGUUCCCAUCUGCACAAGUUGGUUUACCAGAAGGAGUUGAGAGCAUCAACAUUGACACUCCUCAAUCCAUGGUCUCAAAAAUCUAUCAGGGUUUGUCAAUUCUCCAAGAACAAUACCAACAACUUUUCCAUGACUUGAAAGCUGAUUUCAUAGUCACUGACAUGUUCUACCCUUGGAGUGUUGAUGCUGCUGCUGAGUUAGGAAUUCCAAGGUUGAUUUAUGUUGGUGGAAGUUACCUGGCUCACUCUGCACAACACUCCAUUGAAGAAUUUUCACCUCACACAAAAGUUGAUUCGGAUACUGAGAAGUUAACUAAAGAUGAGGUAUUUAAGUAA